ACGGGAGCGCCGCCUCCAGGAGGGACCACUGGGCGCAUCUUCACAUUCGGUUCUUAUCGCAUGGGCGUCCAUCAACAGGGGGCAGAUAUCGACACACUGUGCAUCACACCCGCGCCUGUGGGGAGAGAAGACUUCUUCUCGUCAUUGUUCAAGAUACUCGACAACCGAAAGGAGGUGACCGAGUUGACCUCAGUGCCCGAUGCGUACGUGCCUGUGAUUAAACUGGAGUUCAACGGCAUCCCCAUUGAUCUGCUGCAUGCUAAGUUAGACCGCGAGACCAUCAACUCAGAAGUGGACUUGCUGGAUGUCAGUCUGCUGAAAGCGCUGGACUACAAAUCUGUGCUCAGUCUCAACGGUUGCAGAGUAACCGAUCAGAUCCUUCAACUAGUUCCCGACGUCCACACAUUCCGACUCGCCUUGCGCGCCAUUAAAAUGUGGGCCAAAAGGAGGGCCAUUUAUUCCAAUGCGAUGGGCUUUUUAGGAGGUGUUGCUUGGGCGAUGAUGGUGGCCCGGGUGUGUCAACUGUACCCCAACGCGUGUGCUGCUACUCUCGUGUCGCGGUUCUUCCGCGUUUAUCAGCAAUGGUCCUGGCCGAAUCCGGUGAUGUUAUGUACACUGCAGGAUGCUGGUCUCGGCUUUACUGUGUGGAAUCCGAAGAGCAAUCCACGCGACAACGGACAUCUCAUGCCCAUAAUCACUCCGGCCUACCCCGCUAUGAACUCCACACACAAUGUCAUGAGCUCGAAUCUACGCCUGUUAAUGGCCGAGUUUAAGAGAG